CAACUCAACGCAAUGUUCUGCCGCCUCGCCCUACUACAAGAUCUGAUAUCAUAUUCUGUUUGUCAUCUCACAAACCACAGCAGCUUUUCUCCAGUCAUUUGCAAGUAGGUGACAGUGAUAAUGGUUUGUUAGUUCAGGCUUGUGGGAAAUGGGUCAACAGCAGCUCCACAAAUGCCAGCCCAUGACACAGAGUUCCAUCUAAAUCUACAGACCAAGAGAAGACGAGUGGACAUUGGCGUGAAGAGGACUAGCUCAGCAGCCACAUCAACACAUACAGCUUCUGCUGUCAUCACUGUGACUCGUGCAGCCAAAUCUACUGCCAUGAACUCCCAUCACAGUUGGAAGCAGGAUGUGCUGGAGCGCCAAGGGGCUCAUCUCAAGCACCGGGACUCAAGUGAGGCUAAGUCGAAUGUUCUCCGCAAACUGCUUAAAAGGGCCAGCUCAUAUGAAGACAACAUGAUACCCUUUUCUGGUGCCACUAUCAUCACCAAGCUACUGAACAGCAAUAAGGCAACGACAGAAACAGGAGGCAGGGAGCCAAUAUUCUCCAGGAAAGCAGAACCUGAACCACCACAGGAGGACACUUGCAGCAGCUCAUCCCAAGAGAGUGUUAAAGAGUGUCUCUCACCAUUUGGACAAAACAUAGGGACCCGUUUUGACUCGGAGCGGCUAAAUGAAGAGCACCUACAGGCCAAGCGCGCACGUGUCGAGAACAUAAUUCGUGGAAUGAACCACUCGCCAAAUGUGAUGACACGCUCUAUCCCUAGUGGGAAAGAACAUGAGCGAGACGGAGAGGGAGAAACCGAGGUUCCCGCCCGUGAAAACAAGAGGAAACAAAAAUUACCUCAGCAGCAGAGCGUCCAGCGGCUGGUUUCCACACACACCGAGCAGAAGGUUGAAGAACGCAGGCAGUUGAAACUACAGUUGGAGGACCUGCAGAAACAGCUGAGACAGAUUCAGGAGAAGUUCUUCCGGAUCUACGACAGCUCAGAUUCUGAAGCCGAUGGAGGGAAUCUCUCAGAAGACAGUGCACAAUCUGAUGGAUUGCUUGAACACCAAAGUUACGUCGCCGAUCAAAGGAAUAAUUUGAUGGCGGCUUCGGAUCCGGAAUGCGUUCCCGACGAGGCGAGGGAACACGUAUUGCUAGAUGGAGAGAUGGCCAAACGAGAGAGUUCUUUGAGGAGCAAAGGUUUGAAGUCUGUGCACGGAGUAGGCAAGCAUCUGGCAGAAACCCUGAAGCAGGAGCUGAACUCUGUCAUGUCUCAAGUGAUAGACACCGUGGUGAAUGUUUUCUCAAAACCUCCACGGCAACUGUUACAAGUAUUCCCAUCACUUCCAGCAACCCAGGACCGCUUUGCUUUUAACGGGGACAACCCAAACUUCCACACUGCUAAUCAGAGGCUGCAGUGUUUUGGUGAUGUUAUCUUUCCCAGACCAUUUGACUCCUUUGUUGGAGUCCCUCUUCCUAGCGCCAAUGAGCAGAUGGAGGCACGACCACUGGUGGUGCAAAAGUGUGUAUCUGAGCACCACCAGUCCACAGAUCUUGGAGCUCAAAGUGGCCACCCACAUCCCUCCCUACACACGUCUUCUCUUUCUGGAAACACAGGCUUCAUCUCCCAAUCAUUCCGUCAUCCGUUUCCGCUUCCUCUCUUGGGUUACUCCUUUCAGAGCACUCUUGGUGCUUCAUCUAGUAUUGAAUCUCCUGAUUUGAUGGAUCUGUCAAGGGAGACCACCAGCUUACAGAAAAGCUUACAUCUGAUGCAUAACCGUUCCUGCUCACCAGAUUACUCAGACACCUCUGCUGAAGGGCUGUCACUCAUCAAGUCUGAAUGUAGGGAACUUAAUCCACUGUCAGGCAUCUCACCACCCUCAGAGAGUACAAUCCAGGAGGGCUUGUCCCCGAGUCACCUGAAGAAGGCCAAACUGAUGUUCUUCUACAGCAGGUACCCAAGCUCCAGCAUGCUCAAGAUGUACUUCUCAGACGUGAAGUUUAACAGGUGCAUCACAUCUCAGCUGAUAAAGUGGUUCAGUAACUUCAGAGAGUUCUACUACAUCCAGAUUGAGAAGUUUGCCCGGCAGGCCAUAAAUGACGAUGUGGUGGCAGCGGAUGACAUCAGAGUGAGCUGUGAUUCGUCGCUCUACAAAGUGCUUAACAUGCACUACAAUAAGAACAACGAUUUUGAGGUCCCUGAACGUUUCUUGGAGGUAACUCAGAUUGCACUACGCGAGUUCUUCAAUGCCAUAGUGGCCUGUAGAGAUGCGGAUCCAUCGUGGAAGAAGGCCAUUUAUAAAGUCAUCUGCAAACUGGACUCUGAGGUUCCAGAUAUAUUUAAAUCGCCCAGUCGUCUUCAGGAACUUCUACAUGAUUAACGUUACAAAACAUCACUAAAAUGCGUUUCUACCCUUUUUUUUAAUGUAUAUUACUAAUUUGAGUUGCAGGAUUGUACCUGUUUGUUUUAAAAGUAUUUUUUUCUGGCUUUUCACAGUAAAAAACAUUUUAUUUAUUAAUGUUAUCAUUAGGUUACCUUUUGAAGUAUAGCUCUUGUUAAUGCAGAAUAUUCAUUGUGGAUUGUCUCACAGACUGUCCUGGUGUGAGAAAUUCAAAUUUUGUAAUUUUUUUUUUUAUUGAAAAUGAAGGAUGAACAGAAUUAAGGUGAAUCAUUUUUAUCGUUAAUUUUAUGUACCUUUUGCAUUCCUGCUCUAAGGUUUUCUAUUUGUUCUGUGGUAACCAAAACUUAUUAUUAUUUCAAAAUAUAGCACUCAAUAUGCAAAUGUAUACUACUGAAAGAGGCGUUUUUUUCUAAAGAGCGAGUUACAUUUUUUAUGUUUCUUGGGGUGAAAUCUUAUUAUGCUAAACGGAGUAGUCUUGUCCUCUUGUCUGUGCUUGCUUUACAGCACUAUACCUCACAACAUAGGAAACAAUUGUGCUCACUUUUUGAGAUAAAAUGGCUAACAUGCUGGAAAUGCCUCUGUUAUUAGCAAAUUUAUCAGCAUAUUCCUCAAUCAGACUGUGUGUGCACUUGGAUGUCUCACUAAACCAGCUGAAAGCAGAGUGGAGUCACUUGUAAGUGUCCCUCCUGGACUGUAUAGCUAAAAAUGGCAUCUCAAAAAGCCAACAAAAGCAAAUUGAAGUGUCUGUUUUUGCCUCUUUUAUAAAAAAAAAAAAAAAAAAAAAA